UGAUGAGGAGAAAACUAUGGCGAUUGCCUCCCUCAAGCUCGAUUUGGCUGAUCAUCCUUUACUACAGCCGGUUUUAAUUUUGUAUGGAAUGGAAUUUCCUCGACUUUACUCUUUACUUCUUUUUGGAUCUUUUUACUGGGGGGUUUUGACAUUACCUACGAUUUUAUUGCCAUCGUCUAGCAAUACCUUGGUGGAUUACAAAAUAUUGUGGAGACCUACCCCAGGGUGCCCAAAAAAAUUUGUCGGUUUUAUCUGUACAAUUUCCCCAAUAUACAUUUUCCGUCUUCUACAUUCCCAUUCCCAUUUCUUGUACACUCACUCUUACAGCUCACAUUGCCUGGUCGAAGCCACAGCAUUCAUAUUGAAUGAAAUCUCGACCUUCGCUAUCACUUGCUGGAAUGCUACCUGAUAGCUCAAAGGCUGUGUAUCAAGAAAAUGACGCUGUCGAUUUCGACAUUGCCAUCAACGGCUACACCGACAUCCAGCCUCAUGGCCUAAUGGCCUCCCGCUUAGCUGGAGAUGCACGACUAUACACUGCCAUUUCGACCAAGUUAAAUCAAAGAGUCGUCGUAAAAGAGUGUGACGCUAAUCUUUACGAUAUGACCAAAUUACGCCAUGAAUAUAACUUGUUGAUGAGCUUACCUGAAGAUGCUCCUGCGAUUUUGAAGCCGCUGGCACUUGAAUCAUCUUCAAGAGGCUUGAUGGUGAUAUUUCCAAAGCAAGAAGGAAGGUUAACACUAAGGGAAUUGUACCUAGAAGGACUACCUAAGCGAAACGUGCCCAUCGCUGCCCCUGUUAUGCCCCUGGACAAAUUUUUGGAUAUGGCAUCUCAAAUAGCUUCCUCACUUGUGUGUAUCCAUGAACUCUCGAUUGUUCACCGCAACAUAUCUCCCGGAGCUCUGUCUUGUGAUAACAGUAACCGAGCAGCCCUGCACAAUUUCACUUUAGCCAGCCGGCUGACAACCGAAGUGACAUCAUUCAGCAAAUCCAAUGCAAAAAUUCUGGAAGGGAAUCUACUGUAUAUGUCACCGGAGAGUACCGGCCGAAUGAACCGGACGAUAGAUACGCGCUCCGACUUUUAUUCCUUAGGUGCAACGUUCUACCACCUUUUGACCGGCCUGCCUCCGUUCGACACCAAUGACCCUGUCGAACUAAUCCACCAACACAUUGUACAACCACCCACACCACCACACGCAAUCGUUCCAUCUAUACCCACUCCCGUCUCCGAUGUCAUUUUGAAAAUGAUGUCCAAAACACCUGAAGACCGAUAUCAAAGCGCCAAAGGCCUUAAAAGAGAUAUUGAAAUAUUAAUAGCGCGGAAUCGUAAUAACGACUGGCACAACUUCGUCGCUGGAGAAGUAGAUCGAAAUUCUCAAUUUAUAUUACCACAGACGUUAUUCGGAAGAUCAAAAGAGCGGGGCGUGAUCCUUUCGGCGUUUGAACAUGCUAAAGAGGCGGGCGGCUCUCACCUGCUAAUCGUCAAAGGCUAUUCCGGGGUUGGCAAAACGUCUCUAGUCAAUGAAAUUCAGCGCCCUGUCAUAAAAGCCAAAAGCUAUAUUGCUGCCUCUAAAUUCGACCAAUUUGGACGCGACAUUCCAUUUGUGUCCAUGAUCCAAGCCUUUCGAGACCUUAUUCGCCAACUUCUAUCAGAACCAUUAUCAGAAUUGGAAAAUUGGCGCAAAUCAAUACAAAACGCUGUUGGAAACAACGGACGUGUCAUUACAGAUGUUAUGCCAGAUGUAGAGACCAUCAUUGGACCACAGCCGGCUAUUCCACUGCUUGGCCCAACCGAAUCGGAAGCCCGAUUUACCAAUAUCUUCCAGCGCUUUGUCAGUGUGUUUGGACGCCCCAAUCGCCCUCUUGUUCUCUUUCUAGAUGAUCUACAAUGGUCUUCCAAAACCGAACUCAACUUGAUUCGCAAAAUCCUUUGUAGUCCAGAGAAGCAACAUCUAUUGCUUAUUGGCGCUUUCCGAUCAAACGAGGUAUUGCCAGGAGAUCUUCUUGCCGUCAUUUUAGAUCAGCUUGAAGAAGAUCCAACCGUUAAUAUGACAACAGUCGCCCUCGGUCCUUUGGAUCAUGAAAGUGUACGAUGUAUUGUUUCAACGACGCUUAUUGGACAUGUCGAUCCUAUAAAGCAUACCCUGAUCGAAAGACAUCAGUCAAAACAGCCCACAAUGCACCAUAUCCAGGAGCUCACAACACUAAUCUAUGAUAAGACAGAGGGAAAUCCCUUCUUUGUAUUACAGCUUCUGAAAUCCUUUUACACCAGUGGUGACAUAUCUUUUGAUUACGGCACGAAUGCUUGGCAAUGGGAUAUCAAGCAACUGUAUACGAAGGAAAUCUCGCCAAAUGUCAUCGAUCUGCUCAUCAAUGUAAUGUCUCAGCUGCCUGCGCCAACGAGAAACGUUUUGUUACUGGCAUCAUGUAUUGGAAAUAGGUUCACAUCAGAUCUACUCUCUAUCGUGAAUCAGAAGGAUUUAAGUGCGACAGUCAUGGAUCUAUGGGAUAGUUUGGCGGCGAAGCUUGUCAUUCCUCUAGAUUCAAAUUACAAGGUUCCUAUGGCUUUCUUUGAAGAGCAUCUGGAGUCCAUCGAUCAACACUUGCAGCUGGCUGAGAAUGCAGUCAUGGAUAGCAAAGAUGAAAUGUUUCAUCACUCACCGUCAAUGAUGUCUUCUAUCGAUGAGUCUGUGAGGUCAAAACAUAUUCUUUAUCGCUUAACUCUCGACAGUGAAACGACAAGAAUAUCCAAAGAACCCAUUGUGAUACAUUUCAAAUUUUUGCACGACCGUGUUCAACAAGCCGCGUAUAGUCUUAUUCCUGAGAAGGAUCGCCAUAAGACGCAUUUACAAAUCGGAAGACUUAUGUUACAGUAUGCCGACAAUCAAGCACAAACCGAAGAAAGCACUAUGUCCGACGAAGAGCUUUUUAAUAGAUCUCGACAAGGUUUCUUUCAGCUCACGUCUUACUUGGAUCGCAACAUCUUUAACAUUACCAAUCAACUUAAUGCCGGAUCUGACUUAUUGAAAAAGCUACCAAACAAUGGAGAUGAAAUACGUCGGUUGAUAUCACUCAACCUUCGGGCUGGCUUGAUUGCACAGCAAGCUACCGCUUACGAUGCAAGUGUAAAGUAUUUUCGACAUGCCAUCGAUCUUUUGGAUGACAGCUCUUGGGAAACCAACUAUAGUACCACUUACUUUGUCCAUUUCGGUCUUGCUGAUGCUUUGUAUCAUGCCACUGCAUUUAAGGAGGCACUCCAUUGGUUUACCACCGCCUUAAAUCAAUGCCGGUUUGCAAAGGAUAAGGCUCAACUUUACCACGGUUUACUUAAAUGCCACAUGGGAGACGGCCAAACAUCCGAAUCUAUCGACUGUGUCCUGGAAGGGUUACAGAUCCUAGGCUAUGAACUACCGUCUACACCGGAAAGUAUGGAAUCAUACUGCGCUACUAUCUCGCACCGCAUUGAAAGCAUGAAUGUUGAGGAAAUUCGCAGCAUGGCAAAUCUAACACUCACCAAAGAUGUCUUACAUCUUGCGACCAUUCGCAUUCUUGUUAGUUCUAUACCGCCUGUCUACUUUUCGCGACCAGAAUUGUUGCCCUAUAUCAUCUUAACCGGCUUAAAUGCGACUUUGGAUAACAAUGUGGUACCAGAAGUAACAUAUAUCUACACUCUUUAUGGCUUAUUGACAAUUGGUACAGCCAUGAACAAGUUUACGACACCGGAAGAGCUAGCCAAUGUUAUUGUCAUCGCCUACGAAUGGGGAAAACUUGCCGUUACCUCACUCGAAAAAUACGAAAGAACUCUUGUGGAGUGCGCUACUUUGAAAGUAUACGCUUCACAUGUACAAUGUUGGAACGAACCACUAGCUAAUACCUAUGCUACUUUUGAGCAAUCUAUUGAGGAAGGCAUCUCUACCAUGAACGGUGAAUAUGUCGGCUACGGCUGCGUUGAACAAUGCAUGUAUAUGUUCUUCGCAAGUGAAGCUUUGGAAGGCAUUUCUGACAGAUGUGCUCGAUACAAAGUCAUCAUGGAACGUUUCCGUCAGGAAGUCGGAAAUGCAUAUCUACGAGUCGGAUAUCAAACGAUUUUGAAUCUUAUGAAUCGCGGCAAUCCCAACCCAUGCGACCUGAUUGGCCAAGUAUAUACAGAUUCCUAUCAUCAAAUAGUACAAUCCAACAACCUAAUCUUGAACGCCUUUUGUUACGACUUGUUCAACUUGAUAUUGGUGACCACUUUCCGUAAAAAAGAAGAAGCGUUGAAGUUCAGUCGUUCGGGAUUCUCCUCUAUUGAUGGAGCUAUUGGAUUACUGCAUACGGCCAUGUUUUACGUAUUCAGCUCCAUAUCGUUUCUAGAAAACUGGAGUCAAAUAACAGAACAGGAACGACAACGGGUUACAGAUGCUAUCCAACGCUGUAAAGGGUGGGCUAUCAAUGCGCCACAAUUCUUUGAGCACAAACUCGCCUUACUUCAAGCACUCCACUCUGAAUUUGCCGAAGACAAUUUCCUUUGCGCUGUUGAUUUAUUUGACGCUGCUAUUGAUGGCGCAAAGAAACAUGGAUUCAUACAGAUCACGGCUCUUGCCUGCGAAUUGGCUGCAGAAUUCUACAUGCGACGUGGAAAGCAACGCAUUGCCAAUGACUAUUUGCUCGAAUCUUACUACAACUAUGUUCGAUGGGGUGCUGAGGCUAAAGCCAAGGAUAUGGCAAUGCGGUAUCCAAGCACAAUUGGCAAACACAGGCGUGAGAAGGCUAUCGGCAGUGGUGAUCAAAGUGGUCAUUCUUUAGGAUCGAUGCUACCCAUCAGUCCUGCCACUUCAGGCUCACGAAAUAGGGUCUCUGAAUCGGCCAAUCCGUUUGAAGCAUUGGAUAACUCUUUUGUCAACCGUGAACGGCCGACAGCGAGCACUUCAGGCGGCGAAAUUGUUGGCACGCAAAUGGACAAUAUACCACCUAUCUUUGAGGACACUAGCCCGAUGUCAACAAAUGACACUGUAUCAGCUAUCACUUCUCUAUCUACUAGUCAAUCCUAUAUUUUUGGCGAAUCUAAUACUAUUACCAGCCUUGAUCUGGAUACCGUGAUGCAGGCUUCCCUUGUGCUCUCCGAAGAAAUUGUGCUGGACACAUUAUUGGAGAAAUUAAUGCACAUCUUGCUACAAACUGCUAGCGCUGAGCGAGUAGUCCUACUCUUGGAAAAACAAAAAAAGCUGUUUGUGGAGGCGUCGGCUUGCCACUCUGACAAACGCCAAGUCACUUUAGCUGACUCUCUGUUGCCUCUGGAAGAUUGUCGAGAGACUCUGCCAGUAUCUAUCGUUUACUACGUUGUGAACACCAAGCAAACGGUUAUAAAUGAUACCAACCAGCCUAAUUCUCUAUUUCAAGCCGAUGACUACAUUUUAGCAAAAAAUCCAAAGAGCAUCAUGUGCAUUCCCAUUACGCACCAAGGAUUGCUAAUUGGCGUGUUGUACCUUGAAAAUACUCAGGUUUACAACGGCUUUACACAAGAAAGAAGGGAUAUUUUGCAGUUGCUUUCGUCACAAGCAGCCAUUUCCAUUCAAAAAGCUCGUCUGUAUAAAGAUUUGAAUGAUGCAAAUGAAAACUUGACCAAGAGCCAUGAGCAAAUCAAGGAAUACAGCAUCGAUUUGGAACAUAAAGUCAAUGAACGAACCAUCGAACUGCAAGAGAAAAAUCGUCGAUUGGAACUUGAAAUCGAAAAUAGGAAGAAGGCUGAACAGGAAAUGAGAGUAGCAAAAGAGCAAGCUGAACAAGCGACGCAGAUGAAGAAUCUCUUCCUCGCCAACAUGAGUCAUGAAAUUCGCACACCGUUCAAUGCCGUUAUCGGAAUGACGCAUUUACUUCAAGAUACAGAGCUGGACACUCAACAAAUGGACUAUACUGAAACGAUUCGAAACAGUAGCGAAGAACUUUUAAACAUCAUCAAUGACAUUCUUGACUUCACCAAAAUCGAGACCGACAAACUGGACCUAGAAUGUCAUCCCUUCUCACUCCGCUCUUGUGCGGAAAGUGUCAUGGAUGUUGUUUCAGCGAAAGCCGCUAGCAAAGGGAUUGAAAUUGUCUUUUGGAACCAGGAUGGUGAUCAAGUGAAUGACUGGAUUCUCGGUGAUUCUACUCGGUUUCGACAGAUUGUCAUUAAUUUACUAAGUAAUGCUGUCAAGUUCACUGACCACGGCCAGGUCAUCAUCACUGUCAAAUUGUAUACUAAGGAAGAAGGCCUGCAAUUACAAAACAGUGGUGUAGCCAAGGCUUCCGGAGCUGGGAUGUCCAGUACAGGUGAAACGAGCAUUCCAUUCCCUACUCCACCAACACAUAUGUUACACGUUAGUGUUUCCGACACUGGCAUCGGUAUACCUCCUGAUCGAUUCUUCAGACUUUUCAAGCUGUUCAGUCAAAUUGAUAAUAGUACUACUCGCAUUCAUGGUGGCACCGGAUUGGGUCUGAGCAUUGCCGAGAGACUCUCAGCUACGAUGGGCGGUUACAUGUGGGUCGAAAGCAAAGGUACCAACCAAGGCUCAACAUUCCAUUUCACCAUUCAAACAACACCUCAGCCGUCGCAAGAAUCACCGGAUGUAGAAGCUUUGAUCAAACUGAGACAAUAUGGACUUCACUGCCUAAUCGUAGAUAGCAAUGAGGUCACCCGAGAUGUAUUGAGAACGUUGAUUGAAGCCCUGGGUGUUCAUGUUCAUGUGGCAACCACCUUCCAGGACGCGACUGCUCUGCUCAUUCAGUUCAACAUCCGAGUCCUGCUCAUCGAUGCAAGAGUUGGAGCCAAGAAUGCUGCCAAUGCCGAUAUCAAAGUAGCCGAUCUCGAAGGCAUCCGACUUUUAAGUAGAAUUCGCAAAUGGGAAAGCGAGAAUAAGCGAGUAGCGGCGGAGGCGAUCAUGAUGACACCGUUAGGAGUUCGAUUGUCGGCCACGGCUAUGGAAGGACGUCGUAUCGGCACAGUGUGUAACAAACCUGUGAGACGAAGCCGCCUUAUUACUGCCUUACUGGACGCAUUCUCUGCUUUGGUGGCUGGAACGAAACAAUCAAUCUCUGAUGGCCGGCCAAGACGAUUGACGCCUUCCAUAGACGCUGUAAAGAGACCUUCUGUCAUUCCCAAAAAUAUCUCUAACCGUACUGGACUACUCAAAAUCUUGGUGGCCGAAGACAACAUCAUUAAUCAAAAAGUCAUCGUUCAGCUCCUUAAGCGAAUGGGAUUUACUACCGAUAUUGCAAAUGAUGGCGCGGAAGCAUUGGAUAUGAUGGAAGCUACGACGUAUGACAUUGUCUUCUUGGAUUUGAAUAUGCCAAAGAAGGAUGGGUUGACCGUUGCGAGAGAGGCUUGUGAAAAAUAUCCACCUGAUGUGCGCCCUACAUUAGUCGCUAUGACGGCUAACGCUAUGAGAGGAGAUAGGGAACAAUGUCUGCAAGCUGGCUGUAAAGACUAUAUCGCCAAACCUAUCCUCAUACCUGAGCUUUCUCGCGUACUUGAAAGCUGCUCAAAGCAUACCGCUGAUGAAGAAAGCAUACCACCCUCGGAUCACCGCUCCAAGCGUCAAAAAUUGACCUAAUGAUCCCUGCGAAUCCAUUAUAGAUUUUUAAUUUCAUGACAUGUAACAUAUAACCUUUCGAUAACCCCAAUUGAAAAAUUUGAUGAGAUCUUAUCUCAUAUUAAUGAUAUCAUACGGCUUUUAUAUUUUGGAGUUU